AUGCCAGCAGUCCAGCUGCUACUGCUGGCCUGCCUGGUGGGGGGUGUGGGGGCCAGGACAGCCCAGUUCCAGAAGGCCAACGACCAGAGUGGCCGAUGCCAGUACACCUUCCGAGUGGCCAGCCCCAGUGAGUCCAGCUGCCCUGAACAGGACCAGGCCAUGUCAGCCAUCCAGGGGCUGCAGAGAGACAGCAGAGAUCAGCGCGCCACCCUGGAGGCCACCAAGGCCCGCCUCAGCUCCCUAGAGGCCGUCCUCCACCGCCUGACCUCCGGCCAGCCCACUGGGCCCUUGGAGGCCCAGCAGGGGCUGCAGAAGGAGCUGGAAGCCCUGAGGAGAGAGCGAGAACAGCUGGAAACCCAAACCCGGGAGCUGGAGUCAGCCUUCAGCAACCUCGUCCGUGACAAGUCGGCUCUGGAGGAAGAGAAGAGGCAGCUGCAGGCGGAGAAUGAGGAUCUGGCCAGGAGGCUGGAAAGCAGCAGCCAGGAGGUUGCAAGCCUGAGGAGGGGCCAGUGUCCCCAGGCCCACAGCAGCUCUCAGGACGUGCCAUCAGGCUCCAGGGAAGUUGCUAAAUGGAAUCUGGAGAAUGUGGACUUCCAGGAACUGAAGUCAGAGUUAACAGAGGUUCCUGCUUCCCAAAUCUUGAAGGAGGGCCUGUCUGGUCAUCCCAAGAGUGAAGAGGAAGGCACUGGAUGCGGAGAACUGGUUUGGGUAGGAGAACCUGUCACUCUGAGAACAGCUGAAACCAUCACCGGCAAGUACGGCGUGUGGAUGAGAGACCCCCAGGCCGCCUACCCCUAUACCCGGGAGACCACCUGGAGAAUCGACACCGUGGGCACGGACAUCCGCCAGGUGUUUGAGUACGACCUCAGCGGGCAGUUCACGCAGGGCUACCCUUCCAAGGUGCACGUGCUGCCCCGGCCGCUGGAGAGCACGGGCGCCGUGGUCUACCGGGGCAGCCUCUACUUCCAGGCGGCCGAGUCCAGGACGCUGCUCCGGUACGACCUGCGCACCGAGACGCUGAAGGCGGAGAAGGAGAUCCCCGGGGCCGGCUACCACGGGCAGUUCCCCUAUUCCUGGGGCGGCUACACCGACAUCGACCUGGCCGUGGACGAGACAGGCCUCUGGGUCAUCUACAGCACCGAGGCGGCCAAAGGCGCCAUCGUCCUCUCCAAGCUGAACCCGGAGACGCUGGAGCUCGAACAGACCUGGGAGACCAACAUCCGCAAGCAGUCUGUCGCCAACGCCUUCAUCAUCUGUGGCACCUUGUACACAGUCAGCAGCUAUUCCUCGCCCGACGCCACUGUCAACUUCGCCUAUGACACGGGCACGGGGAGCAGCAAGGCCCUGACCGUCCCGUUCAAGAACCGCUACAAGUAUAGCAGCAUGAUCGACUACAACCCCCUGGAGAGGAAGCUCUUUGCCUGGGACAACUUCAACAUGGUCACCUAUGACAUCAAGCUCUCCCGGAUGUGA